AUGCUUUACUUUCUCUGCACUCAACCAACUUAUACUUUUGCCCUAGCUUGUCUCAAACUCAUAACUUGUAGUGUGCAAUCUGGUCCUCGUGUUCGAUACCCGUUUACUACUUCUGACCUGUGCACUUGCAGAAUCAGGGAUAGGAAAGGGGAAGACCUGAUCCCGCGAUCAAAAACCGGGCAACUACGUCCCGCGUCCGACCGAAAAUUCAUCGGCCAAGUCUUCAUCCGUCCGACCACAGCGGCCGACCACGCAUCCGUCCGGCCACGACCGUUCCGAUCGUACGGAGCGGCCAUGACCCGAUCAUCCGGCCGAUCGUCCCGACCGACCGUCCCAACGCCGCGGUCGACCCGAAGCCCGUUUUGA